AGAAGGAAGAGUAUUGUGAAGAGAUGACUGUAAAUCCAGAUGAUGAAAAAGCCAUUGAUAUGUUCAUGAGCAAGAACCCACCAGUGAGGCAGAUCGGGUGGCGAGAGCAGCUUCGGGAAGCUGGUGCAGUGGCGGCCACUUAUCUUGGAACACGUGGAACCAGGGCUCGCAGCAAAGUCGCAUCAGCGGGAAACCGGUGCAGCAGAGGCCGCUUAUCUUGUACCAUGUGGAGCCGGGGUUCGCAGCGAAGCCUUUUACAACUUUGCCUUGCGAGAGCACCAGCAGACGGAAGUUGAAAGGCUACAGGGAAGCAGCACACACAUCAGCUGCAGUCCAGCAUCACACCUGGAGUUCAAGCGGAACUGUGAGUACCGCGUGGCGGUCAGAGGAAUGCAAAAUGGUGGAUGCAGAUCCCGAGGAUGCAGGAGGCCCAUCUACCUCUUCCAGUGCCCUAAGUUUGGAGAAUCAACACUCCAGGCCCACUGCUUCAUCUAGGAGGACCAAAGCUGCUCAAUCAGUUGCUGACCCACUCAAUACAGAUAGCUACAUGGCAAAACUUCCAGAAAGCUUCAGAUUACUUAUAUCGCAGGCCAUUUUUGAUGGAAUAGUUAUGGGGCUAGGAGAAAAACCAACUCCAGCAGGAGAGGACAUUCAUGGGGCUCCUCAAAGUUACCAAGCUCAACCUGAGCUACAGGUGUUACAGACAUAGGUCUGCUUCUUCUCUGGCUAGCGAGGAAUCCCUUACUGGUGACAAGGCUCAGAGAGAUCUUGAUCUCUCGGAUGAUAAGGCCUUGGUUUCAGACCCCCCUGCCUUCAAAGCAGUUUUUCCCCCAGCUUUGUUCAAGACUCUCCUUCACAAGGCGAGAACCACUACCAAAUUGGGGGUAGGAACCACUACUAUUGUGGGGACCAUGGGUCACAAAGAUCUAGAUGAGGGAGUCAUUUCAGAGUCCUUGGAAGAAAAGGAGGAGAUACCAGCUCCCCAAUUAUUUCUGAACGUAGUUAAGAAACAAUGGGCACACCUGGGAGCCUUUCCCAAUCCUGGGGAGAAUGAGCGCAGAUUCUACAACAUGGAACAGGGUUUCUCCCAGACCCUCCAGUUACCAUCCAUAGAUACACCUCUGGUGGCUCUGGCCUCUUCUUCCUCUUUAGUAACAGGGGACAUUGCUGACAACCUGGAAGAGGAAGACAAAAUAGCCGAGCUGACUCUUCGUAAAAACUUUCAGUCAGCUGCUUGGGCCAUCAAGGCGGCUGCUUCGGCCUCCUUUUUCAAUCGUACCACCCUUCUAUGGCUGCGCCAACUACAGAAGCGUAUUCCCCCCCAGGAUGUUCGGCUUCAUCAGGACCUAAGUAAAUUACUGGCAGCCACUCAAUUUUCUGCAGACGCUACUCUUAAUGCUGUUAAGUAUGGGUCCAAGGCACUCUCGACCUCGGUUGUAUGCAGGAGGUUGGUAUGGCUUCGCAAUUGGCAGGCUGAUGCCAAAGCAAAAUGGAAGCUGGCAAAAUCUCCUUUCACAGGAGGUUUCUUAUUUGGCGAAUCUUUAGGCUCCGUGCUGGAUAGAAACAAGGACAAACGUAAAGUAUUGCCCACAGCAACCAGGCAGCCAGAUCAACACCCCUUGCCAUACUUUCGUAGACCCUCCUUUCGUGCCCCAGACAAUGAUUUCCAGCAACAACGGUAUUUCCAAGGUCGCUCAGACAGACAAUCAGAUAGAUCCUAUCCCCGUGAUAGACCCAGGUUUCAGCCACAGAGCAUGCAGCCCUUUCAUGGGGCAGGCAGCCAUCCCUUCCACCAGGACAAAUCACUUAGGAGCCAGUCCUCCCAUAGAUGGUCGCCUUGUACUCUUUGUGGAUCUAUGGGAGAACAUCACUUCAGACUUGUGGGUUCUCAGCACAGUGAGAUUCAGACUCCGGCUGGCGUUUCUCUCCCCUCCCCUGAACCAUUUCAGAACUUUUUCCCGUCUCCAGGAACAAGGUGAAACGGGGCCUCAUGAGGACUGCAAUCCAGCAUCUAUUGGAGAUCCAGGCCAUCAAGGUAGUUGCAGCUCAUCUGGCACUCUGCCACUUCCAGAAGUUGCUAGAAGGGUGACAUGUGCUUCUCUUGAUGGACAAUGUAGCCGCCAAGGCUCACGUCAACUGGCAAGGAGGGACCCAUUCGAAGACCCUAUGGAUAGAGACACAGAGACCUGUCACCUGGGCGGAGAAGCAUCUCCUAUUCAUCAAGGCAGAGCACAUCUCGGGAUUGGCGAAUCAUCAAGCCGAUUGGCUCAGCAGAGCCACAAUGGACCACGGCGCGUGGCAACUGCAUUCCAAGCCGUUCAGACAGAUUUGCCAGAGGUUCUGGCAUCCGGAGAUGGACCUGUUCGCGACUCAGAUGAACACUCAGCUCCCAAGAUUUUUUUUCCUGGUUUACAAGCCAGGGAGCAGAAGGGACCGACGCCCUCCGCAGCUGUUGGCUUUGGGGGCUCCUUUAUGCUUUCCCCCCCUUCCUCUGAUCCCAGGGGUCCUGAGAAAGAUAGAGUCAGAGAGGGCGGAAGUAAUCCUCCUAGAUCCACAUUGGCCAAGGAGGCCCUGGUUUGCGGACCUACUAAACCUUUUCAUAUCCCCUCCAUGGAGAAUUCCCCGGGAGAAGAUCUCCCUGUGCCAGGGGGUCCUGGUCCAUCCGGAGCCUCAAUGGUUCCAGUUGACCUUCUGGCACAUGAGAGGGUUCUCCUGAGGAACGCCAACUUCUCCUCCAGGGUUGUCAAGACAAUAGAGGCAUCCAGAUCCACUAUGAGGCUCUACAAUGCCACGUGGACUACCUUUGUUAGGUGGUGUCAGGUGGCUCACAUUGAACCAACGGCCUCUAUCCCGCAAAUUCUUGACUUCCUCCAGGACGGCCUAGAUAGGGGCCUCUCCCACAACACCAUCCGCAGGCAGGUGGCAGAACUGUCCACUGUGUUUUUGGAGGAGGGACGUCAGCCACUGGCUCAGCACCCAUUUAUUAAAAGCUUCAUAAAGGGCGCGGCCAAUCUCUGACCCUCAGCAAUCCAUAGAUUUUCCACUUCAGAUCUGGCCAACGGUUCUUCAGGCUCUAACUAGGGAGCCUUUCGAACCCUUGAGAAGUGUUAGCCUUCAGUUCCCAACGUUUAAGGUUGUGCUGUUAGUUGCCAUAACAUUGGCUAGACGCAUUUCUGAGUUAGGAGCCCUUUCAAUCAGGGCAGACCUUUGCAUUUUUCACCCAAGAACAGUGAUCCUCCGACUUGACCCUUCCUUCAUUCCGAAGGUCAACACUCCCUUCCACAGCAUUCAGGAGAUCAUUCUUCCUGACUUCUGCCCUGACCCUUCCCAUGAUAGGAAACAGAGGUGGCAUAGGCUAGACGUCAGGAGGGCUCUCCAUAUCUAUAUAAAAUGAACAGCUAGCAGGAGAACGGAGGCUCUCUUUGUUUCCUUCCAGGUAGCAACGUUGGGAGCAAGGAUCACCCCGUCCACAAUAGGUUGCUGGCUGAGGGCUUCCAUUGCACGGGCCUAUGAGGCUCGGUUUCACGGUACCUAGUGGAAUUAUGGCACACUCAACCAGUAGCACCGUGACUUCAGUGGCAUGGGCCACCCAAGCCCCUAUUGAGGACAUCUGCAGGGCAACCACUUGGGCUUCCUCUUUAUAAAGCAUUAUAGGCUUGAUGCGUUCACACUUUCUGAGGCAUCUUUCAACUGAAGGGUGCUUCAACAGGUGCUCACUGCAUCGGGAACUCCUGACCAGUAAGUUCCCCACCCUUAGGACACCAGCUUUGGUACAUGCCAUUCCUGGACCCUCCUGCAACAUACACUGGAGAAGUAACAUUGGUCCUACCUGACACAUUGCUUCUAAGUGGGUUGCAGGAGGGUCCAGGCCCCUCCCUAGGCUAUAGGUCUGUAGUUAGGCCUGUUACGGGGAAGUUUGGGUUUUUUUCUUUUUACAGAUCACUCUAUACAGCUGCAACAUUGUUGAAACUGGAGCCAAGGAGAGAGAAUGUCAGAGAGUCGUGGCUGCAAUUAUGACUCAGUUUCUGGGCAGAUUAGGAAUGAUAAUCCCAUUCCUGGACCCCCCUGAAACCCACUGAAAAGCAACACCUUAGGUAGGACCAAUGUUACUUUUCUUCCCACAGCAGCCAUUGUAUGCACCCUAAAUCUACUCUAAAGAAGGCUUUGUUGUCAUGGGAGAACAAAAGAGGAAUAAUAUAGAUAAUAUAAAUAUAGAAAAUAAGCUUGUAUUUUUCAAAUGGACAGGAGUAUUAAGUGAUAAUAUAAAAGAUGCCGCCACUUUCAAGUUGCUUGUUUUUAACCACAAUCUUCUGAACUGAACAAUCCUAGACAAGUGAUGGUGAAGGACUACCUAAGAAACUUUAUUCUGAUCUAUUACAAGUCAGAUUAAGAAUCACCUUUAAUGCUGUUUCUCCUACUUAAUUAGCUAAUAAGGGGAUGAAUAAGUUAUCUGCUCCAUUACCCUUCAUUUGGCACCUAUUAGGCGCACCUUAGCAGACAUUAU